UUGCAUCUUUCAACAGUCAGUGUGUCAGAUUUCCAUAAACCUUCAAAGAAGAAAGAAACCCGUUUCCCAUCCCCACCAUUUUAGCUUUCUCUUUCUUCAAUGGCGCCGAUCAAUCUUCACUCUCUCUACAUUCCACCAUUGCUCAUAAUCUUACUCUUCUUCUCCACCAAUGUAUCGUCUUCAUUGGAUAUCGAGCUGCUUUUAAGCAAGAUCAGACCUUCUCUCCAAGGACAAACAGACAACAUACUGUUAUCUUCUUGGAAUACUUCAUUUCCUCUCUGUCAAUGGAGAGGUCUCAAAUGGGUCUUCUCCGACGGGACCCUUCUACCUUGUGCCGACGCCGACCAUUCCUCUCCUCAGUGGACAAAUCUUUCUCUUUAUACAGAUCCUUCUUUACGUCUUCUCUCUUUACAGCUACCAUCUGCAGGACUUUCCGGUACUCUACCUAGAGAGCUCGGCGAACUAUCCUCACUCCAGAGUCUCUAUUUGGGCGUUAAUACUCUCACGGGUUCUAUUCCUCUCGAGCUUGGUUACAGUUCUUCACUAUCUGAACUCGAUUUGGGUAACAAUUUGUUAAAUGGGUCGCUACCGGCUUCGAUCUGGAACCUUUGUGACCGACUAUCCUCCAUCCGGCUCCAUGGUAACUCUCUCUCCGGUGAAAUUCCUCAACCUGCUUUCCUUAAUUCCUCGUGCAAUAACCUAGAGUCUCUUGAUUUGGGGGAAAAUGAAUUUUCUGGGAAUUUUCCUGAUUUUGUUACUAAGUUUCUUAGCCUUCGAGAACUUGAUCUGGGGAAGAAUGAUUUAUCUGGUUCGAUUCCUAAGACCUUAACUGGGUUAGUCAGUUUAGAGAAAUUGAAUCUUUCUUACAACAAUUUUACUGGGGUUUUGCCGAAUUUUUCUGGGAAGUUCGUUUCAGAUGAAUUUGUGGGGAAUAAUGUUAUGUUAUGUGGAGAUCCGUUGAAGAGAUGUAAUGGAAGCUCCUCUGGGUUGAGUUCAGGCGCUAUAGCUGGCUUUGUUAUCGGUUCUAUGAGUGCUGUUGUGGUUUUUGCUUCGUUAAUGAUUGGUUAUGUUCAAGGAAGGAAGAGAAAGAACAUGGGAGAAGACGAUGAUGAUGAAAUGGUGGAGGAAGGAGAUGUUGAAGAAGGUGAAGAUGCAGAGGGGAAGUUGAUCUUUUUCCAAGGAGGGGAGCAUUUGAUAUUGGAUGAUGUAUUGAACGCCACUGGUCAAGUAAUGGAGAAAUCGAGCUAUGGAACUGUAUACAAAGCGAAGCUGGCGGACGGAGGUACGAUCGCGCUGAGAUUGUUAAGAGAAGGAAGUUGUAAAGAUCGGAGUUUAUGUUUGCCGGUGAUUAAACAGUUGGGUAGAAUCCGCCAUGAGAAUUUGAUCCCACUUCGAGCGUUUUAUCAGGGAAGAAGAGGGGAGAAGCUACUGAUUUAUGAUUAUCUUCCUAAUAGAAGCCUCCAUGAUCUCCUUCACGAAUCUAAGGUGGGGAAGCCGGUUUUGAAUUGGGCGAGGCGUCACAAGAUAGCAUUAGCAAUCGCUAGAGGACUAGCCCAUCUCCAUACUGUUCCAGAAACACCAAUCACACACGGAAACAUCCGGUCUAAAAACGUUCUAAUCGACGAGUUCUUCAUUGCCCGUCUGACAGAAUUCGGGCUGGACAAGAUAAUGAUUCCUGCAGUUGCUGACGAAUUGGUGGCAAUGGCGAAAGCUGACGGUUACAAGGCACCCGAGCUUGAAAAGAUGAAGAAAUGUAAUUCAAGGACGGAUGUUUACGCGUUUGGAAUACUUCUUCUGGAGAUAUUGAUAGGGAAGAAACCGGGGAAGAGUGGAAGGAACGAGGAAUUUGUUGAUUUGCCAUCGCGUGUGAAAGUGGCGGUUUUGGAGGAGACUACGAUGGAGGUUUUUGAUAUUGAGGUUUUGAAGGGAAUAAGGAAUCCUAUGGAAGAUGGCUUGGUUCAGGCUUUGAAACUCGCAAUGGGGUGUUGUGCACCGGUGGCGGCGGUGAGGCCGACGAUGGAUGAGGUGGUUAAGCAGUUGGAGGAGAACCGGCCGAGGAAUAGGUCUGCUCUUUAUAGUCCGGCUGAGACUAGGAGUGGAACCGGUACUCCUUUUUGAGUCUUAGAAAAUUGAUCAACUUUUUCCUUAAUGUUGUCCUAAUAGAUAUGAUGAUUAAUGUUUGGUUUUGCCAUAGGAUGUUUCCACUUAUGUUGUUUAUUAUUAUUAUUAUGCAGAAAGACAAUACAUUAAUAAUAGAAUAGUAGUGUUUCUUAUUUUAGUAAAAAAAUCUUUACUUUAUUCUCCAUGUCUAUGC